AUGUCCCAGCUAUACGACACACCGUGGUCACCAACCACCGAGCAACCACCGUUCAGCCCCGCCUCAGCAUACUCGGCCUACUCACCCGUCACCCCGAACCCCGACGGUCACAUGCGUGCCGACCUCAUGAACCAAGUCCCAGAGCAUUACAGACCCGACUACACUGUAGCCCAAGGAUACGGAGACGAUUACUACCCUUUACACCAGGAAGUGACAUACCAUCCAGGCCCCAAGGAAGAUGCCUACAACCUCGUACCAUUGGGAUACCGCCCUCCCCAAGUACCGGAAAUGGACAUCAGCAACAUCUACCGUGCCGAGGCGCGGGGGUUAAUGGCAGAGUCACCGCGCGCAUCGAUGGACGCCAUGAGCGGCUUCGACCCCGACCGGUUUGCGGAGAGCUCCACCGCGACCUUACUCUCCCGUCCUGUUUCGAUACACUUUGCCCCUCCGCCUGAGGAUGCCUUCCUCGUCUCGAUUGGCCCCGACGACCUACGGCAUCCCUUCAACUGGUCGACCACCAAGAAGUGGACCGUGCUAAUCGUGGUGUGUUCUGCCGCGGUAUGCGUCACCGUCGCUUCCUCGAUCCAGGCCAGCACAUACCAGAAUCUGGAGGACGCGUUCGACGUGCCCCGAAUCGAGGCCGUCGCAGGUGUGAGCCUUUACGUCCUCGGAUUCGGUAUUGGUGCACUCUUCCUCGGCCCGCUGAGCGAGUUUUACGGCCGCUCGAUCAUUUAUCUUGUCUCAUUCGCCCUUUUCACCGUCUUCAACAUCCCCAUCGCGACGGCUCAAAACAUGGGCGUCCUACUUUUCUUCCGCUUGGUGACAGGUCUGUGUGGCGCCGGCUUCCUCUCCGUCGCCGGCGGCACCGUGUCCGACAUGUUCCGUCCGGGCACGACCGAUCUCCCGACGGCCAUCUACACGCUCGCCCCGCUAUCCGGCCCGUGUUUAGGCCCAAUCCUGGGCGGAUAUAUGAACCAGAACGUGACCUGGCGCGCGACAUUCUACCUCAUCAUCGGGUGGGGUGCCGUCGAGUUUGUGCUCCUCCUCUUCCUUGUCCCUGAAACCUUCCUGCCUAUCGUACAAAAGCGUGAGGCGCGCCGAAUGCGCGCCGCCACUGGCGAGGGAGCAUGGACGAGCCCGGCGGAACAGAGUGGACGGACCGUCAGCGACGUCUUCCCUGGGGCGCUAUGGGUGCCGAUCAAGCUCAUGGCAGUCGAGAAGAUGGCGCUGGCGAUGGACUUGUGGACAUCCCUCAUCCUCGGCAUCAUCUACCUCUUCUUCAACGCGAUUCCGUAUACCUUCAAGAAGCUCUAUGGAUUUAACCUCGGCGAGACGGGACUGGCGUUCUUGGCUCUGGGGUUAGGCAUGGUGAUCGGCACGGCAACGCAGCCCUUCUUCAUCUCUCGUAUCAAGGACAAAGGCCUUCGAGCCGGGACCAAGCCCGCCCCGGAAACGCGCCUGCCAGUCGGUAUGGCCGGUGCAAUUCUUGCGCCAGUAGGACUGUUGUGGUUCGCAUUAACCAGUUUCCGCAAGAUGCCGUGGAUCAUGCCCAUGAUCGGCACAUUAAUUUUCGGGGUUGGCUCGGUCUACAUCUUCACUUGCGUGUUUGGAUUCCUCGUAGCCACGUAUCCAAAGUACGCGGCGAGCGCCAUGGCAGGCAACACGCUCCUCCGCUGUGUCUGGGCCGCAGGAUUCCCCCUCUUCGCCCUGCCUAUGUAUCAAGCACUCGGGCCUGAGGGUGCCACAGGCCUGCUUGCUGGUCUCUUUGUCCUCGCCCGCGUUGGACCCCGACUGCGCGCACAGUCCCAGUACGCGUCAUAG